AGAAAAAGACAGACAGGGGCGUGGAUGCUGAAUCAACUCCAAGAAGUGAAGAAACCUGCCUUCAGUUCUCAGCUGGAGCAAGUGACAGCAGCGCCGCAGAGUUAGUGAAACUACUACUAACUGUGUUUAGGUAAAUUACCCCCCAUUAAAACGGGACAUUUGACCACCUGUGAACCAUGGAAGAAGACGCGUCUCACGCCGAGCGCAGCAGCGGCUCCGGCAGCACGCACGCCAUCCCGCAGCAGCAGCAGCAGCAGUCCGAAAACACGGACAUCCUCAUCCCGUCGUCCGCCCCCUCUCCCCCGACCCCGACCGGCACCCUCUCCCGGCUGGGCUUUAAAAUCCCGACCAGCCCGACCGCGGCCGCGCCGGGAAGCCCGGUCGACCGCGGCCAGGUGAGCGCCAUCACCGUGGUGGCGCUGCUGGACAAGCUGGUCAACAUGAUGGAGGCGGUGCAGGACAACCAGCAGCGCAUGGAGCAGCGGCAGGCCGACCUGGAGGGCGCCGUGCGCGUCGUGCAGGGGGACGUGACCCGGCUGUCCAAGACCCACAUCAGCACAUCCAACAGCGUCAGCAAGCUGCUCGAGCGCUCGCGCAAAGUGAGCGGGCACCUGAAGGAUGUGAGGGAGCGCAUGGACAAACAGGCGGUCCAGGUGAAGAAGCUGGAGGCAAACCACAGCCACCUGCUGAAGAGGAACCACUUUAAAGUGCUCAUCUUCCAGGACGACAAUGAGAUCCCCUCCAGCGUGUUGGUCAAGGAUUCCCUCAAGACCCCACAGCCAAGCCAGUAUGAUGCAGAAUCCACCCACCCUACUCCGUCUGUUAUGGGCUCUGUUGAUGGUGCCCAAGAGGAGGGUCUUCAGACCAUUAGCCUGUCCUCAGAAGAGGAUGAUGAUCUACCAGCACACCAUGAGGAGGACGAGAUGCUGGAGGGCGAGCAUGCAAUGGGCGUGGGCACUUCCCUCACAUUUGAGAGAAGGGCUGACAGGUUCAAACGCUCCAGCCUGAAGAAGGUCGAUAGCCUCAAAAAGGCAUUUUCGCGCCAGAGCAUCGAGAAGAAGAUGACCCAGAUCACCACCAAGAUUGUGCCACCGGAGAAGCGUGAAAAAAUCAAGAAGAGCCUCACCCCGAACCAUCCCAAGAGCCCGACUGCCAAGACCUCCUCUUUCAAGGUGUCUCCCAUGACCUUCAACGUCAAGAAGGUCAGAGAUGGAGAGGUCCCCACACACGACAUAGGCUCGCCUGAGGAAGAAGACCAUGUGGAGAUUCCUCCUCUGGGAAGCUUAGAUGGAAAGAUUCCCCUGGCAGAGGUGCAUACCCAGAAAGUAGUUGUGGAGGAGAUUCGGGAGAUGCUGAGCCCCUCCACCCCAGAGAGCCUGAAGGCAGAGGUGGCAAUCAAUGGAGAGGCACCCAGCAUGGAGUGCGAGAUGAAUGGCGAUCGUUCUGCUGGCCUGGCAGUUCCAGAGAACGAUGAAGAUAUCGGCGAGGAGGAAGAAGAGGAGGAAGAAAAGGAGAAACACAAAAGCCCUGUUGAGAAAGCAGCAGAUACCCAGAUUCCCACAUCAGCGAUCACUGUAGAGCAAGUGUCUUAAUAUGAUUUGAUUUUAAUGAGCAUCAAUUCUAGUUUCCCAUUCUUCCUUUUCACAGAUUAUCCCUCCAUUAUAAACAAUCUUGUGUUCUUGUGAUUAACACCUAUAUGUACUAGAAACAUUCUCUCAUCUUCCUAAGGUUGUCCAUCCUUGGACCAUUCCUGCAGUACUACCUUUCAUUAUCACCAGCAUAGUCUAAAAACCUUCGCACAGACUGCAUAAGCAUAGGUUGACAAGUAGACCUCACAGUGUAUCAGAAUCCAGUACAAGUGCUUCCAAAACCCUACAGUAGGGUUGUCCAAAGAAAGCAACAUGGCACCAAUGCUCCAUAACUCACUCCCAUCAGCUGGUGCUCACCUCUUCAACAGCAGCACAUCUCCAGGGCGCUGGGCCAACUAUCUCCCUCCUGCUGUGUUUGUCUGCCUCUGGAGCUAUUUUCCUCACUGACAAAUAGCUUCUUUGUUCUUUGUGCUUUUUGUGAAAAAUAGUAAAUCUUUGGCAACAGUGGUACUGCCCACCGCCUGUUGAGGCGGUGUGUUGCCAGGUUGUGCAAGAGUUGGAAUGGGGAGUUUCUGGGUUUUCAGUGAGACGGUCCUGGGGUGUUUUGUAGUGAACUAGAGGUUGUUUACUGAAUUCUUUGGACCUGUGCUGAAAAAGGCCAGAUCUUAACUAACAGGUGACCAGUCCAAGUGGCGCUGCGUUGUCUCCUGUCCUUCACCUGCACUGCUAUUGCUAUAGUCGGUUCCUGUUAUUUCCAACUUAAUCAUUACCUACCUAGAACACCAGAUGAGUUGCAUAUGAUGCAUCAAAAUAUUUUUGUAAUUUGUGAUUGCCAAUUGAGUAAGAAUAGGUAGAAUAUGAAAUUAACUACAGAAAACGAUUUGCAAAUACCAGUCCACAUGUUUGUGCGCAUUCACACUGAUGCAAAUGAAGGACAUCAUUGCAGGAUAUGAGCUGCUCUAGGUGGCGAGACAUUAGCGGCACAAAGAACCCUACAGGUUUUAAUACUGACACACUAAAUGUUCCUUUUACAGCCCUUUGCCUUUUCUGCAGAGCAGUUUUGUAUGUUUAUGUAUAGGAAUUAUUAUUAUUAGUCUUUCUCUAUGCGAGGCACAUUACUCUCAUACAUACAUUAGUAACGUUAUGAUGACUACCUUGAGUGUGUGUUCUUUAUGCAGUUAUGUUGUAUCUGAAUUCUUUUGAGUUAAGUCGUCUUUUUUUAUUUUCAGGCAUCCAUAAUGUGUAUGGUGAAAUGUUUACUUACUUACCUAUGUUUAGACAUGAGACACAAAUAAUAUCUUAAACAUCUGCCAGGGCACCUCAUCAUGGAUACAUGCACCCAGAUACUCCUACAGUGCCUUUACCCUGCAGAAGCUGGUUUGGGUAAUUGCACUCCUGAGGGGAUGGAUUCCUGUUUUGUUGUAGAUAAGUGUGACAGUAGAACAUGCCUGAAGUUUUUUUCUCGUCUGAGGAAUUUUUUUAGCAGUUAUCACUUUAUGGGGCAUAGUCAGUGUUUAAAACUACAUAAAACCGAGACAGUUUAAGUUUGAAGGAGGUGCAAAUACAGUCACAAUCAUUCACAAUCAACAUCACAUUUGGAAGUCAUGCCUUAGGGUUUCUAUAAAGUGACCUUCCUCUUAUUGCACAUCGUUAGUGCUUUAUCAGCCUUGGUCACAGAUGUCUGAUGCCAUGACUCCCUAAAAAUACUUUAGCAAGUGAUACCAGGUGCCAAGGAUCCAGAUACUAGAGAGGUCACAGAAGUGGAUAAAGGCAGAGGACAGCAAUCCUAGCUUUGACGGAUGACUCCUGCUCAGCCCAUUUUUCAUGCGCUUGGCCUCCUUGUUGAGACAGUGCAAAGAGAGAGAGAGAGAGGCUCUCUGGAGCCACAGGUGUUCGGCCCUUGUGGAGGCUCCUGGACACGAGCUUGUACUGGAAGGGGGACAAGUGUGGGUGUUGGGAAGUGUGAGAAAAGACUUCAGUUGUUGGUGAAAGCAUGAUAAAGUUGCCUUGGGGUUAGGCAUGCGUGCAGCUUGGCAGAAAGGUGUUAAAAUUGCGAGAGUCUGAAAGGCAUUGGACCAUGGGAGCUUAAAUACAUUGUAUGGGGUAUACAUACCAAUAUCUGAUCUGGCACUGCAGGAUUCCAUUACCUGUACCCCACUCCGUUAUACUUCUUCUAGAUGAGAUAAAGCAAUGGAUUCUUAACUUCUUUAAGUCAAAAUAUGCUGCCCCAAAUAUUUUGAUACCAUAUCUUAUCAUGGAAUCUGUAAGGAAAAAAUAAAUAAUUAGACAUCAGUGACUUCAAAACACUUGUUACCUGUGUUUAUCAAAUCUGCUUAGUCAUUCUGAUGAUUUUUUAAGUCUUCUUUGUAUAAAUCAUCUUACUGAAAAGGGAUAGAAUGCUAAGCUUAUGUGUACACUGUGUACUGUAGAGGUUAAAAUGCGACUGGCUUUGAGGUAUUUUCUGCUUAUUCAUGCAAAUGUUCUACUUUGGUGAUAUCUCUGUCUGCUAAUGUUAAUAAAAUGCAAUAUCUAGAUUUAUGUAUGUGUGUAAAAGUCCGUUUUGAUUUGUCGUGAUGUCAUGUUUAAUUUGGAUCAUAUGUGAGGAAUUAUUUGUUGUUUUUUUUGUUAGAAAGUUCAAAGACCAGGUAUCUUCACAAGGCCCUUUGUCAUGUAGCGAUAUCGUGUUUAACAUCAUCUUUGUUCAUAUAAAGUUCUUACUUUAUGGUCUUUUCAUUUAGUUAACCACUAAAACCAAAGAAGUGUCCUUCACAGCAGAAGAUUCCCUGCCCCUGGAGUGUUUUAAAUAUACUCCUCCUGACGACACUUUUUUCAAGCAUCUUGCAGGUAUUUCCUUUCAAAUGUUAGUAUUGUAUACAUCAAUAAAGAUUUUAUAACAUUCAAA